AUGCCGGUUCAGAAGAGUGACGAAAGCUUUCCGAAGAUAACUGAAACAGCGAACACGACGACAGAAGAUAGUUUGGCGAUGAAACCUAGUGCUGAGCCGUCACCUGCUGGGACCAAGAGCAAAUUGGGCAGCACCUCGAAUAGCUUGCUGAAAACGACAACUAGAUAUGAUAAUUUUGUUGUAAUGUCGUUCCAUCGCUCUUCUGUUUCAUCUCAGACUGAAUAAUUUAUACAGUAUCUUCAUUGUAAGUAUAAGAAGUUAAGUUCAGCAGAAUGGAGAGACCACAAGAAUAAACUUCUCUAACACUACAUUCUCUAGAAACACUACAAUCUGCCCACUACAUUCUCUAACACUUCGGUUUCUCAACAAAGAACGAGUUUGAAAUCAAAGCCCGUUCUGCGCAAUCCGAGCUCCGAAGAGCGGCAGGCGACACAGCGAAGAGGAUCGAACGCACUAUCAAUUACGGUCUUAUUCGAGAGAUUGACGCAAUCGUGAAUCGACCAGAGGAACUUGGAUAUGUUAAGGCGUCGCGCAUUCUUCACCACCAGCCUUCACUUGUUUUUCAGUAGGAAAAGAGUCAAGGAUGAUCUGCAUCUGAAGAAUGCAAUGGCGGAACGACCUGCUCUAAAUGUGACUGCUUCGCGGAGCUACCCUCUCUGCAGAAAAUGCGGAAGCAGUAUCCGGAUAUGCCGGAUCCGUCAAGGCGACCUGUUUUAGUCGGCAAGGAGAUGAAUCCCAUCCGAAAACUGAUGAUGGAACAACGCCAGCAGGAGAUCAUGCGUAAAAUGGCUGUUGGCGGACUCGAAACCGAAGCGGAGGAGAAGAAAGAACGCCAACGAGCGGUGGUGUACUCUAUCGAACAGAGUGAGAAGAAUCUCUACUUCUUGGAGCGCGAGAACGAGGAGUAUGAAAACUCUUUGUUGUUGAAGAAAGCACAAUUAGAACAAGAGCAAUUGGAGAAGGUGAAGCAAGGGGAGAGGAGAGCGCUCACGAUGUCACAAAACUUCGUCGUGCCGGACAAAGCGAUGUUAUGGAUCGAUAAGGUGGUCGUGACUAGGGUUGCUUCGCAGCUGAUUUAAUUCAUUGAUUAGACUGUACCUGUAGUUUAAGUGAAAAUAACUUAUAGGACAAAUCUAAGGUUUACUAACUUGACUAUCUAAGGUUUACUCGCUUAUAGGACAAAGUGGAAACAAAGUUUUAGACAGAAGUGUGAGAGUAAAAAUUCAAACAUUCGCUUCCCUUUCUAAUCCUAGCAGCUACGGGCGGACCAGGUACAUUAGGGAGAAGCCGCGGUCUCGGAGGAAGCAUGGGAAGUGCUCGCUUUGGAGGACCUUCACAACCCGAACAGCAAAAGAAAAUGCAAGCACUCAAAGAGCUCUUGGCACAACCUGCAGCGGCACCGGCAGAAGUACUUACUUAGACGAGUUAGAUUCAAUAUUUAGAGAGAGGACUAUGAUUUAUUGAGCUUCACUACCUAUAGCUUCUAAAGAUUAUAAAUAAUAUGUUGGAAGGUUUUUUUUUCGAUGACCCUAAGCCCUCGCGGCCCCAAGCUACAACGAUGAGCAUCAAAAUCCAACGAAUAUUAGGUCAUCGUCGGUGCGGAAACCAAUGUGCGCCAAAAAGUCGAGUUGAAGCCGCAAGUUGCUUUAGGAGUAGACUCCUACGAGGACGAAAAUAUGUUGGCGGAAGUGUACAGAUCCCGAGUUGCGGAUGAGGAGCGUGCGAGAGCAAAAGCCGCAGCCGAAUUGGCCAAGAAAAAGCGACACGAUCGACAACAUACUACCAGAGAAAUUAUGGCUUUGUUGCUGCUACUGUGUUGUUUUGUACUCAGGUUGCGAUAUUUUGGUGGAUUGGACUUCUCAGCAGAGUACUUUCAUCAUGUAGGACAUGACCCCACAUUAUCAUUAUCUCUCUCACCGAAAAAACAAAAUGCAUACUUAUGCAGUUUUUUUUCCGGUCCGUGUCUCACUCUCUAACCUCUUGCGCCUCGUGGAAUUUAUGCAAACGAAGCGGGAAAUGGCUGGUGUCAAAGCCAUGUACGACGAGCAGACACGCGCAGUGCGCUAUGGAGACGCCGAAACGCAGAAAAUGGAGGCGGUCCUACAACUCUCAAAAGAAGAGUUCGAAAACGAACAAGCAAGAAUUUUGGAGAGAAGUGAGAAACGGUAGUUGGACUGCUGUUGGUGUAGGGGAUAGAAACACUUCACAUCUUGUAGUUGUACUUUGGGCUUUCAUAUCUGUAACAUCGUGUCAUAAACAAUACCGUCUAGCGCACAAUAUUUUGUAGCCAGAACAAUGAACCUACUUUGUUGAAAUUAUAUCCUACAUAAUUAAAAUGAACCUACCAAAAUUUCCAAAAUGAACCUAAACUGUCUUAGAUUAUAGACUAGUCUCGAUUAACAUUUAUAACGCGUCAGAACGACAUACAGCGUACUUCAUGCUGCACAGAAAUUAACUUACAAAUUAACGUCAAUUGGUUGGUGGUUACUAAUAAUAAGGAGCAGAUGUACAUGUAUAGAAGCUCUUGUGCAUGGCAGCUUGAUAUAUAGCUUUUGGACAGACUUAACGUAUUAACCUAUUGCUAUUAUGAUUGCUGAACAAAACCUACAACUAAGAGAUGAAGCGUGCUUAAUUUGGAUUUACUUGUUUGUUUGUUUUGAUGCGCUCCGGGCGACGCGUACGAUCCCGCCGGAUUUCUUUGUGCUCUGUGUGUGUAGUGCUAUGGUCGUCAUUGCGAUCGACUAUGGUAUGUCUGGUCGCCACAGUCCCCGCCAGCUGCGGCUUUUGUGGCAUACCAGGCGCGGCGUGCAGCAGGCGGCGGCGACUGCGCGUAGGUAGCGCCUGGCGGUGAGGCGCGUCCGGGUUCGGUUGACGUUUUUGCGGCCUGCGUGCACUGUUCUUCGCGUUCUCGUUUUGUCUUCGUUCUUUUUUGUCUUCGCGUGCUUCCUUUCUUGUCUCCUCCCUGCUCGUUCUUUGUGCGCCACCACCUAUCUCGGCCCCCGUCCUAUCGUAGCGGGCAGCGAUGGGUUUACCACAGCGGCCGCUACUCGUUUCCCCUUGUCUUCACUGGAGGUAUGGCGGCUGCGCUCGCAAGAACGCACCGCCGAAGCUGGUCGCUAAGUCGCGAAGGUAUGGGAUUAGCCGCUUCGGGUUCGACGCAGCCACCCCAACAUUCGCCGGGACUCCGUGGGCCUCUACUAGAGCCUGGAGCGCAGGGCACUCUAGUAGGUGCUGCGUGCUUGCCGCAAGGCCAGGGCAAAACGGGCAGCCAACGUCCUCCCCGGUGACUCCGCUCGCCAAGCGUCCCAGCCUGAAGGCAUAGUAUCGCCGCUCGUCUUCCCGCGAGCACGUUACGCCUCGCAGGAGGUCCUUGCCGCAGCUGCCUGUGUCUGUUACGGUCUUGGCCGUCUUGCUCCCUGUGCGUGCUGCUCCGCUUAUUUGGCGCGACUUGGCUACUCGAAGUACCCUCGCGGCCUCCGUGCGGUACUGCCUGUGGCCGAUCGCCUGUCCCGUCUCGGCGGGGAAGUCCGAAGAGCUUGCUAUUCCGGCUAGCUGGUCAGCGAUCUCGUUGCCGAUGACGCCUGAGUGCCCGCGGGUAAAUCUCAGCUCGGAUUUACUUGUUGAAAUGGAAAUAGAACUGUCGAGAGGUUUGAUGUAAGAACACUGAACUCGCAUUCGA